AAAGAAAAGCCACGUUGAAGCAACGCAAGAAGAUUUAUGGGGUACUUUUGGAUCUCAGAAGAUAACGGUUUCGCCGACAACUUUCUACCAACGCAGAAACUUCCACUAAAUUAUUAAAGGUCUGAAGUGCCACAUCAUCUGUCAGGAUGAGUGUUGGGUUUAUUGGAGCAGGCCAGCUGGCUCAUGCCCUGGUAAAAGGUUUCACUGCUGCAGGUGUUAUUGCAGCACACGGGAUUACAGCCAGCUCUCCAGACGCAGACCUGCCCACAGUGACGGGGCUGAGGAAAAUGGGGGUGAACUUGACAAGCAGCAACAAAGAGACUGUCAACAAGAGUGAUGUGCUCUUUCUGGCUGUGAAGCCCCACAUUAUCCCCUUCGUUCUGGAUGAGAUCGGCCCAGACAUUGAAGACCGUCAUCUUAUAGUCUCUUGUGCUGCAGGUGUUACCAUCAGCUCUAUAGAGAAGAAGCUGCUUCAGCACCGUUCCGCUCCUAGAGUCAUGAGGUGUAUGACAAAUACUCCGGUGGUGGUGCGAGAAGGCGCUACUGUGUAUGCAACAGGGACACAUGCAGAGGUGGAAGAUGGUAAGUUGCUUGAGCAGCUGAUGGCCAGUGUUGGUUUCUGCACGGAGGUGGAGGAGGACCUAAUUGAUGCUGUCACCGGACUGAGUGGCAGCGGACCCGCCUAUGCGUUCACAGCCCUGGAUGCUCUUGCAGAUGGAGGCGUGAAAAUGGGUCUGCCCAGGAGACUCGCUGUCAGGCUAGGAGCCCAGGCCAUGUUGGGAGCAGCUAAGAUGCUGCUGGACUCGGAGCAGCAUCCGGGACAGCUGAAGGAUAACGUGUGCUCACCAGGGGGCGCCACCAUCCACGCCCUACACUUCCUGGAGAGCGGCGGCUUCCGGAGCCUCCUGAUCAACGCAGUUGAGGCUUCAUGCAUCAGGACGAGAGAGCUGCAGUUUCUCGCAGACCAGGAGCGCAUCUCCCCUGCAGCCAUUAAGAAAACCACGCUGGACAAAGUGCUGCAGCAGCCCGGAGUCUCAGUCAGCGGCGUCGGGAAUGGGAACGGCAGAUCAGGACUCAACCUGUUCAACAAUCGCAGCUCUGGCCUCAAAAAGAAGAACUGAGAACAAAAAAACCAGCCACGCAGACAAACAGGUCACAGGUUUAGGUGUGCCAAUGUGCACACGUCUCCAAACAGCCGAUC